AAAUUCUUGUAGACUUUUAUACAGGCAUUUUACAAAUUUCUAAUAAGUCUUAAAUAUUUUGAUAAUCAUAAUCACAAGACAUUCAUAUAUAUUGUAUAAUAGCAUCGACAUUGAUUAUCUAAUUUUUAUUGAGAAAAACUCUUUUGUUUUCGGAAACUAUUUUCAGUUAACGGUUUAUCAAACUCACUAAUUUUAAAAGUCAAAUUUGGACAAGGCAAAUUCGUACAUUCAAAGAGAUAUCUAUAGAUCAAUAUCAAUGAAUAUCAUAUAUGUAUGAUUUUGUUUUUUUGACUUUGUAAUCUAGCAUUGCUGGUGUUUGCUUAAUAUGGAACGAAAACAAAUUAAUUUUCCCUUCAGAAACAUAGUUUUCGUUUUUAAUAAACGGGUUUUUCAAGUUAUUUUAUGUAUGGUUGAGACAUCAGGCCGAAGAACAGUUACAGCUGUUUCAACAUCUUGGGGAAUCAUGUAAUCUAUGCGGUCUGUAUGUCUGUCUGUUAUCUAUGGAUAGGCAUGCCAAUGCAGCCGAUGAUGCCAUUACCUUCGAAGGUGCUGUCAAAGUUUAAUUAUCAAACUAGGCCACGUGUUUGCAGCGAUUUCUCGUUCGAAAGUCGUUGUAUAAAAGUGAGGGAAAACACCAGACGGAGCAUCAGUUCAAUUCGUACUUUAAAGCCAAAUACAAUGAAGAUCAGUCUUGCAUUCAUACUUGUCGCAGCCGCCUGCGUCUGCACGACCCAUGCACUGGGCGGCACCAGCAGCGAAGGAUUCGACUAUGUCUGGGGUGCUAAGGUAGCAGCCAGCCAGCUGAUCGCCCGCGAGGUCGUCUACAGAAGCAAGACUCUGCUCGGGACCACAACAAAGACAUACACGCUCACACAGGACCCGACUGCGCCAAAAACCAUCCAGUACAUAGCCAUUACAAAUCUGAAACGGAUGCGAGGCGCCACAGCUGAAAUCACGUCCGGCGGUGUGGGCUCCCAAUCAGUCACAAUCAAAUUCACUUCGGCCCGUGGCGGCGCCAUCAAGUCUCAGGUGGAAAUUUGGGGUGCAUAAGAAUCGCUUAAAAUAAUGUCACCUAAUGUAUCUAGUAUUUAUUUGUGUCAAUUAAUCAAUCAAUUCAAUGUAUAACUUGUCAAUGCAUUGCGCUCGAUUAGUGAAUUUAUAUGAAAUAUAUCAAGUUUUUUAACACCUAUUGAAAACUAUGUGAG